UUUCCCCCAUCACCAUCAGCGCCACCUCACCCUCCUCCCGUCCCGCCAUGGCCCGGAUGAACCGCCCUGCGCCAGUGGAGGUCUGCUACAAAAACAUGAGGUUCCUGAUCACCCACAACCCCACCAACGCCACGCUCAGCACCUUCUUGGAGGACCUGAAGAAGUACGGUGCCACCACAGUGGUGCGAGUGUGCGAAGUGACCUACGACAAGACCCCCCUGGAGAAGGACGGCAUCACCGUCAUGGACUGGCCGUUCGAUGACGGAGCGCCUCCUCCCAGCAAAAUAGUGGAAGAUUGGCUCAACUUGCUGAAGACCAAGUUCUGCGAAGACCCCGGCUGCUGCGUGGCCGUGCACUGCGUGGCUGGCCUGGGGCGUGCUCCUGUCCUCGUCGCGCUGGCCUUGAUCGAGAGCGGGAUGAAGUACGAAGAUGCCAUCCAGUUCAUCCGACAGAAGCGUAGAGGAGCCAUCAACAGCAAGCAGCUGACGUACUUGGAAAAAUACCGACCAAAGCAGAGACUCCGAUUUAAGGACCCUCAUAACCACAAGAACAAAUGCUGCAUCAUGUAACCUCAAUGACCUCUUGCCAAAAUCCGUGCACACAGACACCCGGGCACUCGCGCGCAUCCCACCCCCUCACCUCCUCGCCCAGCCCUGUGCACCCCACGCGCCACCCCACUGACAGGGCUGGGGUGGGGGGACGUGGAGCACCACCACCGUGUUCCAGCACCCACAGCAGGGUUGUCUUGCUGGACCCACUCAGCUACAGCCCCGAGGAGGGAAGGCAGUGCUGCCCUUUGACUCUUAGCGUUAGCAGGCAGUGAGCUCACGUGUCGGGUUCUUCAUCGCCUUCCUCCUCCUCCCUUUCCCCUUCCGUUGCACUGAGAGGGAUGAGAGGGUGCUUGGUUUGGGGUGAUGCAGGCAGGGCUGUGCCAGCUAAGAAGGGAUGGGGAGCAGGAGGGCUAGAGCACCCCCAGAAAAACCCUUUCCCACCUCUUCCCUAUAAAUAAGGGCUGCGGCGGUGGGGAUG